UGCAGCAGACGACGCGAGGCAGCAGACGACGCACGGCCAGCGUCGCGCUCAACGUUCGCGGCCAGUGUUCCGUUUCCGAGGUGAAAAUUCGAUUAAAGCGCCGGGAAUCGUUUUCACUUGAAACCAGCCGAAAUAGGCAACAUCGACGAACAUGGAUCCCGAGGCAUUUCUUGACAUAGCUAAUCAGGUCAUCAAAUUGAAGAUGUUUCCAUACUUCGAUAUUGCCCAUUGUGUACUGUGUGCGCUACACGUCAGAGAGGAUUUAGGCCCUGGGGCCCAAGCAUUUUCCCGGAAGCAUCCUCUGUCAUGUUGGCUCUCCACGAUGUUAGUAGUUUUUGCAGGAGGUAUGCUCUGUAACGCUCUUCUUGGAGAACCAAUCCUUGCUCCUUUAAAAAACACCCCUCAAAUAAUGGUGGCAACAAUUGUUUGGUAUGCCAUAUUUUACACACCGUUCGAUAUCGGAUACAAAGUUGCCAAAUUCCUGCCGGUAAAAAUUGUAUGUUCAGCGAUGAAAGAAAUAUACAGGUGUAAAAAAGUUUUCGAUGGUGUCACGCAUGCUGGAAAGUUGUACCCAAAUGCGUAUCUUAUUAUGAUACUAAUUGGAACGCUCAAAGGCAAUGGUGCUGGAUUCACUAAAUUAUUUGAACGUCUCAUUCGUGGAGUUUGGACCCCGACAGCAAUGGAAUUCAUGCAGCCAAGCUUCCCCACUAAAGCGUCAAUGGUCGCAUCGAUCAUUUUUGUUCUUGACAAAAAGACUGACCUAAUAUCAGCUCCUCAUGCUUUAGUAUAUUUUGGUAUCGUGAUAUUCUUUGUCUAUUUCAAGCUCUCGUCAAUUCUACUGGGUAUUCACGAUCCUUUUGUGCCAUUUGAAAACUUGUUCUGUGCUCUCUUCUUGGGAGGAAUCUGGGACUCGUUAUCCAAAUUUUUAGGCCGAGGACAAGCGAAGGAUGAGAAAACAGAUGUAAAGAAAACAAAUUAAAUUUAUGAGGAGGAGUACAUCAACAAACCCCUUCAUAAGCUGAAGAGAACAAGAAAUAAUGAAACGGGUGAAGUGACAACGUAUACUAGUCAAUCGAUGAUUAAUUCUUCAUGACACUCGACGAAACAUCAGAAUAUAUAAAGUGCAAUAUUUUAUCUUAUACUUUUGUGUGACGAAAUUUUCUAAGGGUCAGUAGGGUGGAAACCAAAUUGCUGAAUAGCGUAAACAGUAUUACACCCUAAUUCCGUAUAAUAAUUUUAAGUUAAACCGUUUCAAUCCUCUUUAAAAGAAUUUUGGUGGAAAGAAUGAAACAUUUUCAAAAUCCAAAGACUAUCAAAAUAACUACAGGUAUUGUUAUCGACUUGUUAUGCACACAUAAAAGUUAUUCUUGGAACCUUAAUAAAUAAAGAACAUGUGAUACGAUCUUAUUAAAAGGUA